AUGCUCUCCAGGCUGGCCGUGCUGCUGGGUGGCCUCCUCCUCGUGGGGGCCACCAUGACUGUGGCUCACUGGGCAAGGCAGGAGGCCGGCAGGCGCUACUGGAAGCAUUACAUCCAGCACGGCCCAUGCAGCUACACCUUCCUGCUGCCUGAGCCUGAGCCCUGCCUGCCAGCGACUGAGGACAUCAAGGGCUCCAGCAGCUUCCAGGAGGACUUGUUGGCCAAGGAGCCACAUCCGGGGAACUCGCUGGGUGUGCAGAUGAGACGGCUGGAGCAGGUGGUGAACAACACCAAGCGGUGGCUGCAGGAGCUAGAAAGUUCCAUCUACACACAUUUGAGGAGGCAUCAGGUGCAGGACCAGAAGCACAUGACCCAGAACAGGAUAGCCACCAUGCCGGGGACCCACAAGCAAACUGACUUGGAGGCUCAGGUCCUGAACCAGGUGUUGCGACUAGAGAACCUGGUGCUGGAGGCCUCCAGGUCCACCGACAGGCUGCAGAAGGAGGUGCAGCUGCAAAGCAACAAGCUCCAGCAGCUACAGGACCAAAACAGGGGGCUGGAGACGCAGAUACAGACUCUGGAGACGAAGCAGCAGGAGGAGCUGGCGGGCAUCCAGAGCCAGAAGGAGCAGCUGCAGAGCCUGCUGAGCCGCCAGGACGGCGCCCUCGCCGGCCUCCAGCGCACCCUGCACGACUUCGGCAGCAACUCCAGCCUCCUGCAGCAACGGCACCACGAACUGCAGCAGAAGGUGGCGCAGUUGGUGAGACUGGCCCAGCGCCCCAACCCUGUGAGGGAAGCUACGCAGGUGUUCCAGGACUGUGCAGAAAUCCAGCGCUCUGGGGUCAAUGCCAAUGGUGUCUACUCCAUCCACCCGACCAAUAUGAGGGAGCCCAAGGAGGUGUUCUGUGACAUGGAAACCAACGGAGGCGGGUGGACUCUUAUCCAGCACCGUUUUGAUGGCAGCGUGAUUUUCGAGCGGAACUGGAAGAACUACAGAGAGGGCUUCGGCGACGCCCACGGGGAGCACUGGCUGGGUAAUGAGGUGGUGCACCAGCUCACCAGCAGGGUGGCCUACACUCUGCGUGUGGAGAUGCAGGACUGGGAAGGCCAGGAGUACUACAGCCAGUACGAGGGCUUCCAGCUGGGCAGCGAGGAGCAGCUAUACAGGCUUUCUUUCAGCAAGCUCGGUAACUCGACAGCAGGCCAGGGCGGCCUGCCCCUGGAGGGCACCAACUUCAGCACCCGCGACGCUGACAAUGACAACUGCCACUGCAAGUGCGCCCAGAUGCUGACUGGAGGAUGGUGGUUUGACGCCUGCGGCCCCUCAAACCUCAAUGGCCUCUACUACGAGGCGCCCCACCACACCAACAGGAUCAACGGCAUCCGCUGGCCUCUCUUCAGGCCCUCCUACUCGCUGCGCACUUCACGCAUGAUGAUACGCCCCGAGGAGCAUCUCUUGGAUGAGGAUGACUGUGGGAAAACCUGGUCCUUACCUGUCAAGAAGAAGAACUCCGGGCCCCAUCCCCCACCCCCAGCUUCACUCACCCUUUUUGGCUACAUGGGCUGUAUUGACAGCCUCAGACAGCCUCUGAAACAACUGGAAGGAGGCCCGACCUCUGGCCGUGUGGCUGCCCUCGGGACUCCCCGUGACACCAGCUCCCACAGGCUCAAGUCCAGGCACUAUUUAGCAGGAUACCAGUCUCAGGGCUAG